AUAAAGAGGGAGAGAAACUAAAAAAAGGAGGAAAAGAGGCGAUCCAAAAUGCAGGUCCAGCCAAGUGAAAGCUACGCUUUUUACUCGCUAAACGACAGUUCGGGCAUUCCGAAUAGCGCCGGUAGCUCUGCCAGUAAUUCUCCUGAUCACUAUGGCGAUAGUCGUUUCUCCCCAGGUAGUCAGCAUUUGGUCGACCUCAGUUCACCUUUACCUGACCUGCAUCCACAUCAUUCGCACGCAAGACUGCCAAGCUUUCAGUCUACAGCACAGCAUCCACUGCUUCAGCAUCACCAGGUCUAUCAGCCCUAUCUCUAUGAUAGCCUCGACGACUCCAAACUCCUGCCCAAAUUCUACCAGCAAUCGGAGCCGCGACGGCUUGAGGACCAAUCGCCGCCAGGCUUCCUUUCCGAGCAUAGCCGCGACCACGAACAGGUUGUUUAUGUUGCGGAUCCCUAUUCACCUGGUGAUAGGAUGCCCUACGGUCUCGGCGACGUUCUUAAGUACAAACCCGAUCCUGAUGAUUUCAAACCUCAACUCCAACUACAACAACAACAACAGCAGCAACAACAGCAACAUCAGCAGCAGCAACAACAGCAGCAGCAAUCGCAGCAUCAGCAACAACCAGUACUUCCUUGUUCGACAACUAUUAAAAGGGAAGCGGGUGGAAAUUCUUGCAAAGCUAAAGCUCUUAAGAGGAAACGAAACGUCAGCAUAGAACGUGAUAAUGAAUCCGAUGACAACAACUCAUCUUCUUCGUCCAGCUCAGCGACGUCGAGCUCAUCGCGAUCAAAGAUCCGAAGAAAGGGUGGUGCAACCGAAGAGGAGCUUCAAACACAGAGGGUCAUGGCGAACGUAAGGGAGCGUCAGAGGACCCAAAGUCUUAAUGAGGCUUUUAGUCAGCUGAGGAAGAGUAUACCGACGCUACCCAGUGACAAGCUCAGCAAGAUUCAGACUCUCAGACUCGCGGCAAAAUACAUAGAUUUUCUUUAUCAGGUGCUACAUUGCAAUGCGGAGACCGACAAUACAGAGGACCUCGGCGAGAGGAACUCGCGAAGUGCGAUUUUGUCGGCAGCACGUGAUAUCGCAGCAAUUUCCCAGUCCUCAACAUGCAGUUUUAUGGCUCAUGAGAAGCUGUCGUACGCAUUCAGCGUUUGGAGAAUGGAGGGUGACUGGAACUUGAAUCUUUAAAUAAGAAAAAUCAUUCGUCUUCUAUAAUGGAAGUAUAUGGAAAAUUUUCAAUAUUUUACACGUAUUAUCGAUUUUUGAUAUUGAAAAGAAGAAAAUAGAAGCAUAUGAGCUUUGCAUAUCACAUUUUGCUUUUCGAUGGAAAGUAAAACUGUUGAACAAAGGAAAACGAGAAAUUUGUACAGAUUAUUAGAGUAUAGGUUUUUGAAAGUAAUGUAAUAAUAUCACGAUAUAUGUAUCUUAAUUAUUGCUAACUUCAAUUAUUUUAGAUUAAUCGUUAAUUAUGAAUUGAAAUUCAUAAAA